AUGUACUCGAAGUGUGUGCAUUAUGUGGAGAUUGGAGUUCACGUUGUUCGGGACUGUCCUCAGGCAAGUUUGGUGUGGUCACGAUUGGGUUAUCAAUGGUCGAAUCAUGUUUCAGAUACAAACUGCUUGGAAUGGUUUGGUUGGGUGCUUGAUAAUAAUUCCAAAUCUAAGCAUGCAGAAAUAAUAACAACAGUCUGGGCAUUGUGGUUAGCGCGAAACAAAGCAUAUCAUAGUGGGAAGCAGAUGAGUGAUAUGGACCUCCUUCACAUACGGCAACUACAUGGCAACCUCCGCCAGCCUCCAUGGAGGGUGGAUCAUAUUACCUCAGUUUUCAUGGCGGAAGCAGUGGCAGUCGUUUAUACAGCGCAGUUCACGGUGGAGAUGGGAUUUCGAAAAGUGGUGGUGGAAGGUGACUCAAGAACAAUAACCGAAAAGUUGCGUUCACAAUACCCUGAUUUAUCCGAGGUAAACGAUAUAACUUGGAAGGUGCGAAAUCGGACAAAAUUCUUCCUUGAAUGUCGUUUUAGUUUCGUUCCUAGAGAGGGAAACAAAGCAACUCACUAUUUGGCAGCUGAUCAGGGUACAAAUGAUAGAGAUUAUUUCUGGGUAGAGAAAGCUCCUACCUAUAGUACAGAGGUGUUGAGAGCUCUAUCAGAUUUUCCUUGCACUGAGCGUUUCAAUUUCUCAAAUCUGUUUUCACAGCAAUGA